CCCGACGCGGAAGCGCCUUGGCUGCGAGAGGCCCCGGCUCGCUCCGCGAAGGGCCCCGGCGCCCGGGAGGACGGAGUGGAAGCGAAGAUGACUACAGCAGUUGUACCAGGCAGCCCUCUGCCUUCACAAGGGGACAGAAACGUUUAUUACAUCUUGACAGAUGAUUUUGCAUAUGGCAGCAAGCUCUUUCCCGCCGGGAGCAUGUGCUUCCUCAAAGAGAGGAUGUAUCUGCACAGUAUCGCCUGUGGCACGACUUCCACUCGCUACAUGAGGGUCACCAUGCUGGAAGGCCAUUCCAUAGUCACUAUCGAGGCAGAAAUUCUUCAACCCGUGAAUGAAGAGGAAGCUGUUUUCCUUCUGGCCAUCAACACCCUCAAUGAGCGCUUGAACUGUUUCCUGGACCGCUGUAGCCUUGAAGCAGCAGUAAAGGCUACAGUGGGCCAACAGGUGAUGGUGGAUCUCAACCAACAACUGUUCACUGGCACCAUCCGCUACAUUGGGAAGAUCACCAAGAGCCCUUUGUCCUCCUCACUCUGUCCAUCCUACUUUGGGGUGGAAUUACAGGGUGAUGGUGAAGGCAGAGGCCACAGUGAUGGCACCUAUAUCGGCUCUGAGUAUUUCAAGUGUAAGGAGAACUGUGGACUCUUUCUGCCGCUUAACAAAAUCCGGUUUAUCCCGGCGCUGGGCGGCGACCCAGCGAGAGAGGAGCCCAAACCGGAUGUGGACGAGGUUGUUCCUGUAAAAGUGGGGGACACAAUUGGCUUCUACCUGGAUGACGUCUUCAGACAAGGCAUAGCUAUGGACGUGUACAAGGAGGGAACCCAGUGGUUUGUUAAAGUUUGCCCGGAAGAAGAAGGACCAACAGAUGUUUUCAGAGAUAUCCCUAUGGACUCGGUUGUGAAGGAAGGGCUGCUCUCCCCAGUAUUUGAGCCAGACAUGGCCCCGGGAUCUCUGAGACAACUGAAGCGAGAGAGAAGCGGAAGCGGGGAGGAAUUGGAAAGUGAAAAACAGUCCCUGGAUGUGAACUCCAUGGUACAGAUCACCUUAGACAAGGGGAAUCCAGUCUCUGGAAUCAUCCGCUGGUUGGGGUACCUGCCCAGAAUUGAGCCCAAAAUGGCAGGAGUUGAAUUAGAUGAAGAGAAGGGGGUCACAGAUGGCGAAUGGCUAGGCACGCGCUACUUCCACUGCCCCUCAAAGCGUGGCCUCUUUGUGAAGCUUCAGUCAUGCCAGCCCGACAUGCGCUUCCAGUGUGUGAGCAGCGGUCUCCUGGACCCCAGCACUUGCAGUAGGAUAGAUAGUCCUGAGGUUCUGGCUAAUUUUCCUCCUCUCAGGAAUGGCACAGCCGUGAGUGUUUUACAAGGGCGCAUGAGAGGGAUUCAAGGCCACUGCAACUCCUGCUACAUGGAUGCUGCCCUUUUCAGCCUCUUCUCCUGCACCUCUGUGCUGGACUCCAUGCUCUUCAAGCCCUCCCUCCCGCCCGACGGGCACGUCCAGAAGAUCCUCCGGGAUGAGAUUGUGAACCCCCUCCGACGGAAUGGCUUUGUUGCCGCUAAUAGCGUGAUGCACCUAAGGCAGCAGUUGACGGAGAAGGGCCAGUGUUCGAGCUUUGCCACGUCUGAGAAAGACCCCGAGGAGUUUCUCAAUCUCAUCAUGCAUCACAUCCUGGGAAUAGAGCCACUACUGAAACUGCAGUCUGGAGGCCAGAAGGAGCAGGAGUGUUACUGUUACCAGAUAUUCAUAGACAAGCAAGAGGAGCUGGUCGUGCCAAACGUGCAGCAGCUAGUGGAACAUUCCUUCCUGUCUUCCAAUCUCAAGCUAGUGGAGAUCCCCUCCUGUUUCAUUAUCCAAAUGCCACGGUUUGGGAAGGAAUAUAAAAUGUUCAGCAAAAUUAUUCCCUCCCUGGAGCUUGACAUCACCGACCUGCUGCUCGACAGUCCCCGGGAGUGCUUUGUGUGCGGGGACGUCGCCACACAGGAGUGUUCCGAGUGCUUCAAAGACGAGAUGUUUGCAGUCACGGGGAUGAAGCAGUACUGCAAUUCCUGCUGCAGACAGGCUCAUUCUCACUACCGGCGCAAAGCACACAGGCCAACAAAACUGCAUGUCCCUGAGGAGUUUCAGAGCAGGAGCCUCAUGGAUAGCCCCCGAAUCCCACGGGAGAGGAUGGAGCUCUUCGCAGUGCUCUGCAUAGAGACCAGUCACUACGUCUCCUUUGUGAAGUACGGGCCGGAGAAAGAGAACUGGCUGUUCUUCGACAGCAUGGCUGACAGGCACGGUGAUGAGAAUGGCUUCAACAUUCCCAUCGUAACGCUGUGCCCUGAAGUUGCCAAAUACUUGCAAUUGCCAGUGGCAGCGCUGGCUAUGGAGCAGUCCCGGGACAUGGAAGGCGUGGCCAAACGCCUCUUCUGUGACGCCUACAUGUACAUGUACCAGAGCAAGAAGAUGGCUCUUUACAAAUGA